AUCUAACUCACCUGCCACACAUCGUGAAAUGAGAAAGUUUCUAAGAAGUACUCUUCGAGAAUUAACUCUGAUCUUCACAGAACAACCGGGAUUACUUGGUCCAAAGGCGUUGUAUGUAGUACAGGCUCUAUCAAUGACAAGAGAUGAAGUAAAUUGGUUAUUACGACAUGUUUUAAAUCCUCCAUCAAAACGACAUAACAUCAAAUUAUCACAGGAAGAUUUCUAUGAUAGACAAUUACCCGAAUUAUUAUUUUAUACAGAAGAGCUAAAAGGGUUAAUAAAGAAAUACAACCAGGUUAUACAGAGAUAUUAUGUACAAUAUUUAAGUGGAUAUGAUGCAGUUUACCUGAACCAAUUGAUACAGAAUCUGUCGAUGUGUCCAGAAGAUGAGUCGGUUAUUUUAUCAUCUUUUUACAGCGGUAUAUCAUCUCUAACAGUUAAACAAGUUGAAGAAAAUGAAAUAUUUGAUUUCCGUGGUCUGAGAUUAGAUUGGUUCAGAUUACAGGCGUAUACAAGUCUAAGUAAAGCAGCGCUUGUUUUAAAAGAUCAUCAAGAUUUAGCGAUCCACAUGAACACAAUCAACUUCCAUACAAAGAUGGUGGAUUAUCUCGAUGAACUUCUGAUAGAAACUGGAGAUUUAUCUAUUUAUUGUUUUUAUACGAAUCUAUUUGAACAUCAGUUUAAACAAUGUAUGGAGUUUCCAGCUCAACAUCGUUAUAGUAUUAUCUUCCCCAUGAUCUGUGCUCAUUUUAUGAAUGCAACUCAUGAUCUGUGUCCUGAAGAGCGUCACUCUAUCGGAACUACAAGUGUUCAGUAUGCUCACUGGUUUCUACGUGAAAUGUCUGAAGAAAUCAACCAGGUUAUUACAGCAAUCUGUGAAGAACAGUGUAUGCUCAGUUAUAAGUUACUACCGAAACACAGUGCUGCCACCAUUUUAAACACAGUUCAACGAAAGAAAAAUAAAGACAAGAAAAAAACCAUACAGGAACCAGAAAAACCUGGACAGGAGAGUAUCCGAAAAAACAGAGAAAAUUUUACCAGAAUGGAUAAAUUACACAUGGCUUUAACUGAGUUAUGUUACGCUAUCAACUACUGUAAUGUAAUACAAGUAUGGGAACAUGGUUUCGUACCCAGAGAAUUCUUUCUACAACAGCUUGAGGCUCGAUUCAACAAGGCUCUAGUAGGAAUGAUGAUGUACAACCCAGAGACAAAUGAAAUAGCCAAACCAUCUGAAUUAUUAAAUGGUGUUCGUGCUUAUAUGAACGUCCUACAAAGUAUUGAAAACUAUGUUCAUGUUGAUAUGGCUCGUGUAUUCAACAACGUUCUACCACAGCAAACACAACCAACAGAUAGCACAGGAGAAAAAACUAUCACAGCUAAUUAUACGAACUGGUAUUUAGAAGUCUUGUUACGACGUGUAACUUGUAAUGUAGGUCAGAUUGUUUUCUCACCGAGUCAGAAAGCCUUCGUUAGUAUAACACAUACAGAGGGACAACUUUUCUCGGCUGAAGAAUUCGCAGAUUUGACAGAGUUACGAGCAUUGGCUGAGUUGAUUGGUCCCUACGGUGUUAAAUAUAUGGGAGAGAGGCUGGUAUUAAAUAUAGCUAGUCAGGUCGAUGAACUUAAGAAACUGGUUAUAAACAACAAGGAAUUAUUGAGUCAACUAAGAACAAGUUUUGAUAAACCAGACGUCAUGAGAGAAUUAUCAAAAAAAUUGCAAAAACCCCUCAAAUCUGCAUCAACUAGUCACAAGAAUGCUCCCAGCGCAUCUAAACAAAAGGAUCCUGGUUUAGCCAUCGUGAGAGAUGUUGACAUUGUUUUAAUGAGGAUGACUAUUAUUGGUGUUUUACUGGCGUUCAGGUCGUUGAUACAAGAAGCUCUUCAUGAUGUACUGGAUGAUCAUGUUCCAUUUUUAAUGAGUUCCAUUCGAGAUAUUCAUCAUUAUGUUCCUAAUACAAAAGAUGCUAUGCCUGCUUCAUUGAAACAACAGGUGGUAAAUGAAUUGGCAUCAUCAGCAGGUCUAGCAUGUGAUAUUGAUCCUACAUUAUGUAAUGCUCUCAGAACAUUGAAGAGUGAACAUGCUGAAGAUGAAUAUAAUUUGGCCUGUCUAUUAAUGGUGUUUGUAGCUGUAUCUAUACCUAAAUUAGCCAGAAUGGAUUCUUCAGUAUUUAAAGCUUCAUUAGAAGGACAUCAGAAUAACAGUCAUUGUUUAGCUAAAGCUAUAAAUGCUCUAGCAGGUGCCAUGUUUACUAUUUAUGGUCCCGGUGACGUGGAAGAUAGAUUAAAGGAAUUUCUUGCUUUGGCUUCAUCAAGUUUAUUACGUCUAGGACAAGAACAUGAUAAAGAUACAAUUAAAAAUCGUGAAUCAGUCUAUCUUCUCUUAGAUCAAAUUGUUCAAGAAUCUCCAUUUUUAACGAUGGAUCUGUUGGAAUCGUGCUUCCCAUACGCUUUAUUACGUAACGCGUAUCAUAGUGUAUACAAGGCUUCUGCUGCAGAUUAAAAUACACAGACGAAGAAAUUGUAUAAAUUGGACAUUUAUUUAUCCGCAACACCUCAGUAUAAUAUAUUCCCCAUUAAAAUACAACAGAUAGUAUUUUUCAAAUUACUAGAUAUUCUUUCCACAGGUCCGCAAGACCUUGGUAUAAUAUAUUCCCCAUUAAAAUACAACAAAUAGUAUUUUUCAAAUACAAGUAUAUUGUAAAAUUGUCCCUUUCAUUUCACACAUUUUGUUUGAAUAUCUUCUUUUUUUUUUCACCCACAUUUUGAAAGAUUCUAAAAUAUUGUAAAAUUGUCCUUUUCAUUUCACACAUUUUUUUCACCCACAUUUUGAGAGAUUCUAGAAUAUUGUUAAAUUGUCCCUUUGUUUCAUUUCAUACAUUUUAUUUGAAUAUCUUCUUUUUUUUAUUCACCCACAUUUUGAGAGAUAUUAAAAUUUAAGUAUUAGUCCCCCGAUGUUGUAAUUAACCAUUUUGGAAUCAGUGGAAACCUUCUGUAUAAUAAUUAUUAUAGAAAUAAUUUAGACCUUUGUAUAGGAUAACACAACACAACAAUCACUAUAUUAUAUACACACAACGUUUUGACAAGAUUUCACUGGUUGUUUUGGGGUUAUUAUGUUCAAUCACUAAAUGCCAUUCAAAGAUUAUAACUUUGUAUAGGAGUCAAUAAUAUUACAAAUUUUAAUAUAUCGAAACAGGAAAACCAUUUAUGUUUAUUAUUUAGUGUUAUAGAAGGUCUUCCUCUUAAUUAGUAACUCUUACUCUACAUGUAAUAUUGUUCUUAUUUAAACUGGGGGAGGGAUGGCUGAAUGGUUAGCAUGUUGUAUCAUAAGGUCUGUCAUUGAGUCAACUGGCGUGGUUUCGAUUCCCUGGUCGUACCUGACAAGGAGUAGGGUCGCCUAUCCAAUCUUGUGGGUUUUCUCCGGGUCCUCCAGUUUCUUCUGAUUUCCUCCCACUGCUAAAGACCACUACGCACAAGCAAAUUAUUGAAAUAAAAUUGAACCAUAUAUUAGUCCUGAAAUGACCUAGUUUGUGUCCAGUGGACGUUAAACCCUAUUUCUCUCUCUCUCCCAUGAUGAAAAUCCAACCUCGUGGGGUUUUUUCCAGGUCCUCUGAAUUCUAAAGACCCCUAUGUGCAAAUGAAUUGUUAUAAUGAAAUUGAACCAUAUGUUGGCCCCCGAAUGACCUAGUUUAUGUCUAGUGGACAUUAAAAACCCCAUUUCUAUCUCCCAUAAUGACAACAUGUCUGACUGAUGAAAAUGCUUUGUUUGCGAUAACACCGUUGAUGGAAGCAGACGAAAAGCCCAAUAAACGAACAAUGUACCUGCAGGACAACAUUAAAAUAACAUGUGACCAAUGACCUCUAAGUCAACCGGUGUAGUGUUUGAGCCGACGGCAGAGUCGAAUAGUGGAUAGCAAGACUUGUGUGGAUGUGUGGAGAAUGUAAAAUAACAUGUAAAUGACGUCUAAUUGUAUAUUUGACCAUGUUUUGAACAUGAAUGAUGGGACCACAGAAGAUCGUUCUUUCAUAUGACUGAUUAGUUGUGUUUUAAAGGACAAUAUUGGUGCCAGUCAUUAUCAUAUUCGCCCAUGUAUCUGUUAUCACUCGUCACUUCAGUCAGUUAUAUAGAGGGAUAACUCGUGUUUUCCUUUGUUGAAGCAUUGAUUACGCAUCUAUCGUAGCAAUGAUCUCUGUGUUAAAAUAAUAUUUGGAAUGUGUUUAACCAGUUCUAUCACAUAUGUGAUAAUGACUGACACCAAUAUUGUCCUUUAAGAAUAAAAAUGUGUUCGUUAUAUUUUAGAUGAGUAAGUUAUGUGUAUGUUGCAUCAUGGAACAAACUAUUGUAAAACAAUUUUAUAUCAUCUCAUAUGUUAAUUUCCUUAAAAUAAUGUAUUUGUAAAUUUUUUCGGUGUUUUAGUUCUGGUAAUACACAGGUCACAAUUCUAUGGAAUACAAUUACUGCUUAUUACUGAGUGACCUUUCCACUCAUUAUCAAGUUUCUACUUGGAGACACGGUGGCUCAGUGGGUGAAGGUGCUCGCUUACCAGGAGACAUGGAGGCUCAGUGAAUAAGAUGCUGGCUCACUAAAACCAGGAGACACGGUGGCUCAGUGAGGUGCUGGCUGACUAAAACCAGGAGACACGGUGGCUCAGUGAAUGAGGUGCUCGCUCACUAACCAGGAGACAUGGUGGCUCAAUGAGUAAAGUGCUGACUAACUAACCAGGGGACACGAUGGCUCAGUGAGUAAGGUGCUCCCUCACUGACCAUGAGACAUGGUGGGUCAGUGAGUAAGGUGCUCGCUGGCUAACCAGGAGAUAUGGUGGCUCAGUGUAUAAGGUGCUUGCUUGCUAACCAGGAGACAUGAUGUCUCAGUGAAUGAAGUGCUCGCUCACUAACCAGGUGACAUGAUGGCUCGGUGAGUAAGGUGCUCGCUCACUAACCAAUGAGAUCUGAGGUUCAUUCCCAGUCCUGGCCAAGAAAGUUCUGUAGGAUUUUCCUGCAUGGCUUCCACUGGUCAGUAGUGAAGGAUAGAGGAGCUGGCUUGGAACAGUGUCUGGUCAUUAAUAUUAGGAUGGGACAAAAAAAAAAUGAGGUAGCGCCGCUGUCUGGGCAAAAUUUCCCUCUGGCAGUAGUGCACUGCGUGGCAUAUGCCUGUCUUCAUUAUUCAUUUUUUGUCCUACACCACUGACAAGGGGGAUCUACUUGAUAAGACAGUGGUUAAAUUCCAUAUAAUUGUGUUCUGUGUAAAUUAUAGAUCUAUUAGCAAAUUAUGGUUCGCAGUACGUGAAAUUUAGAUACGAGGCCUAACGAAAAUAAAGCACAAUGCCCUUUUGUAAAUGAUAAUUAAGAUAGUCCUUUAAUGUAGUCAUUCUUCAUAUGUUAAUUUUUGUCUGAUGGUGCUUUAGUUUUUGAUAUAUGUUUUUUUUAUAAAUCAUAGUAAUAUUUAUAGGUACAGUUAAUGAAUUUUCUUACCGUAUAUUAUUUUGUAAAUUAUGUAAAAAGCAUGCAGUAAUAAAUAUAUUAUUUCCAUUUA